CCGUAUUCUACGAGCUAUCGGUCGCGCUCGUUGGAAGAGUCGGUCGUCGGUGGUGUGGCGAGACGCCGUGUGGCGGGCGCCGGUUUCAGUGGUGUGCGCGGUACCGAGAGAUCCAACGACCUAGCCCGUCUCUUUUCUGACAUUGGAGAGCGCCGGCAGAGUAUUACGCGUCGGGCCACGGUGUGUGUUGGAGUGCGAGUUCGGGGGCUUCGCCUGGAUUAAUCGGGCUCAAGACGAGGAAUAUCGACGCGGGAGCAGCGGCGCCGGCAAUUACGAGCGGUACUCGUGGGCAAAGCAUAUAAUUUGGACGUCGAGGACGUCUCUUUAGGGAGACCGCGGCGGAGGGGUGGUCGUGCUGGGGGCCGAGGGGGUGGUGAUGUGGCCGAACAGCCUCGGAGGUACUUCCGGCUGCAGCGGGGGCGCCGGCGCCACCGAUCUCGGGGGCCUCGCCGCCUCCACCACCUCGGCCUCCGAGCUCUUCGGGCCCGCGGCGUUCGGGGCGUCCGCCGCGGGGCCCUACGGCGCCCUCAAGACGGCACCCUAUAUGAGUGCGCUUAGUAUGCCGUCAAUAGAUGCAUUACACUCUACCAUCGGCUAUCCCGGUUGUACACCCGCCGGUGAGUCCUACUACUGUAAUCCAAGGAAGCAACGACGGGAGAGGACGACGUUCACACGAGCGCAGUUGGAUGUAUUAGAGGGACUUUUUUCAAAGACGAAAUAUCCUGACAUUUUCAUGCGCGAGGAAGUGGCGAUGAAAAUCAAUUUACCAGAAUCGAGAGUGCAGGUGUGGUUCAAAAAUCGGAGAGCUAAAUGCCGACAGCAGCAGAAGCAGCAGCAACAGCAGCAAGAUAAGACACCGAGAUCGAAGAAACCCUCGGCAAGUCCGGCUAGUAAUCCACCCCCUGGAAAAAGUCCUUCAAUUGCUACCACGCCCACGCCCGCCGCCGCGGUACCUGCUACUACGCCCUUGAGCGGAGGCACUGGCGGCUCAGCGGCAAGUUCUCCGGCGCUUUUAAGGGAUUCGCCGCAGUAUAAACCAGCGGGAAAUGCUACUAGUUUACUGUUAGCAGCUAGUACGACUCCACCGAGCUUAGGCGGUACCGUGUACAGCAGCGGCGGUGGUAGCAGUAGUAUCUGGAGUCCAGCAGUGACGGAGAGCGGAGGAUUUCCGGGUGACCACCAACGGUUAGCGUGGACGACAAACGCUUCCCAGCAGCAAUGCUAUCAAAAUUAUUCGUCCUACUAUACCAAUAUGGAUUAUCUCUCGCCCGCCUCGCAUCAGUUAAACGUUGUGGACAGUGGAGGUAGCAGCCUUGACAAUUCAUGGAGCAAAACGAGAGACGAAGGUACUUCAUCUUGGUUUUACAAUAGCGCUGGAUGGGGCGAUCGGAAGUGAAUCUACAAGAAUCGAGGGGAACAAAAUCCGGGUACAUAUCAUCGACAAUAGUGAAGGUUAUACGGCUCGAAUCGAAGCUUAUCGUAAUGCGAUGCCAAAUAAAAGGAGGAAGCUGUAUUUCUGAUUAGUGUCGAUAGAGACUAAACAUAUCUUUAAUUCGGCUGGCAUUCAAGGAGCUGUGGAAUGCAUAGGCCAAUCGAGAGUGCCAUACGUAUCUUUCUGUAUUUACUGGUUCAACAUAGUUUAAAUAUACAAGAUAUCCUAUUAUUUUCUCUGCGACGAGAAUUUGUAGAAAAUAUUUCAUAAAAAAAAAUUGUAUUGUUUCAUAAGAAGCACCGUAGAAUAAAAAUAUUAUUUGCAUAUAAGAGUAUUAAGGAGUAUACAGAACAUUCCAUAUUUUCUUUCUGUAUCGUGUCAAUUCUUAUUAGACCAAUUUUAUUCUAAUAUGCAUUGUUUUAGAAAUGGAUCAAGUGAUAAAACUAAAUAAGACAUUCUAUAUUUACGAUGUAAUCGUUUCUUUGUGUGAACAUAUAAUAUGUUCGUGACCGCGUAAUAUUUUUUGAAAUAUUUCGUAUGGCACGAAAUUUCUGAAAUAUGUUGCGAUGUGCAAAGUAGUGUUUUAAUUAUCACAUAAUCUAACUUAUUUAAGUUUUGAUUUAUUUCCACUUUGAAAAUUAUAUUAAAUGACACGUUUAUCUAUUAUUAGAAAUUCGCAAAGUUCUGAAAUCAAUGAAAAUUGCGAUUUCUUAAAGGAAUGUUUUGUAUUUUGGUAGUUGCUUCAAAAUUGUUAAUAGGACAAAUUAAUUAUUAGAUUGGUGCAACAGAUUUGCCGUAUUUCUCAUAAAUAAAGUUGAAAACAAAAUUAUAUAUAUAGUCAAUUUUCUCGCGGAAUAUAGUUUAUGUAUAUAGUUUCAAGUAAUUUUUAAGAAAGAGAAAGACUAAUCAAAAUGGAAACAUACUAUUAGUUUUAAUACAAAGUUUUCUAUUUAGAAAAAAGAUUUUUUUGAAAUAUGACCGAGUAAAGUAGAUUAUAUAUUUUAUCCAGAAAUAUUGUGCCAUCUAUAUUUAUUUAUCAGAAAUUAAUAACUGUUUAAAAUAAGA